UAUACACACACACACAUACAACCACAUACAAAUACCCACGCACGCAUCUAUAUACUGCAUACAUAUAUAGAUACAUACAAUUCAUUACAUUCCAAUUGGUGAACCGAAACUUCUGCUUUGUCGAUCGCAUUAAGUGGCAGAGUGGGCCAAUCGAUUGCGAAAGAGAAGGAAAAGAGAGAGAGAGAGAGAGAGAGAGAAGAUGUCGUACCAAAUCAAGCGCACGCCCUACUUUCGGCGCAUGUUCAACAAUAGCCGUCGCAAUGGACAGCUGCAGCGGCUGCGGGAGGAGUACGAGCGCAUCCAGGAGUUUAACGAUCGCACCAUCGAGCUGAAGAUGCGCCAGGUGCGGCUGAAGCGUCUGUUCCGUGAAAUCGAGGAUAUCAAUGAGUCGCCUAGCACGUCGGCUGCCCAGCAGCGUCGUCUAGCGGCGCUGGUGCCGCUGACGCCGGAGGCGAUGCAGGCGCAGCAGCGGCGCGAGCGCCUCGAUGCGCUGGAGCGAGCCCGCGAGCUGGGCCAGGAAAUCUCGCGGCACAACGCCCAAUUGGUGGAGACCGGCGCUGGCUACUUUUUGCGCAGCGAACUGCGACUGACGGCGAAAAUGCGAGCAGCGGACCAGGCGCGGCGCGAGGCACAGGAGCGGCGUCUGCGGGCCGCACGUCGCAUCAGCUACGGCAAUGCCCAGUCCCGUUCGAACAUUGAACGGAUCACGCAGCGGCAGCAGCGGCGCCUGGUCACAAACGAUACGCCGGCCACAACGCUAAUGGUCGAUGCCAGGCAGCAGGUGGCACAGCUGCCGAUGCAGCCGGCCACCAGCCAAAGUCAAUUGCAUCCGGAUCUGGUGAAGCGGGCCAUGCUGCGGCAGCGUCUGCAAUAUGGCAACUCGCGGUCCACCAACAACAUGAUGCGCAGCCAGUUGGCAGCGGCGCAGCGUGUGAUAGGCUGUAUCUCGGGGACGGACACGGUCAGCGAUGAUCUCGAGCAAAUGGAAAUCCAGCGCCAUCACGAAGAGCAGCUACAGCUGGAGCAGCAGCGCAGGUUGCAGCGCAUCGAUCCGCAGCAGUUGCAUCUGCAAGAGGAGCACCAGCGGCAGCUGCGCCAGCAUAUGUAUAUGCAACAGCUGCAGCAGCAGCAGCAAGACCAAGAGCAAGAGCGAGAGCAGCAGCAGCUAGAGCAUCAAGAGCAGCCAGAGGAACAGCAGCUGACGAACCAGUCAUUGAGCAUUCUGGAGCUGUCAUCCAGUGUGAGUGGCUGCAAUCGGAAGGUCAACACCAACAACCUGAUCAACAAUCACUUGAUGAGCAUCAAGAACAACGAUAUCGAUGAUAGCAACAAGGACAGCACCAUUAAUCUUACUAACGAGAGCAGCAACAACAUCAACGACAGCAGCAACAACAAUAUACUCAACAGCAGCAGCAACUACAAGGAAAUCAACAACAUGGACUCUGAGCUGGAGAUGCACACGGCCAUGCUGCCGCCCACAGAGCGGGAAUCUGUGCAGCUAUUGGACCAGCACGGCGACAACAGAAUCAACUUUGAUGAUGUGCCAACAACAAGCCAGCAUGCGCAAAGAUCUGUGGAUGCAACCACAACUGUUGCCGCCUAUCAGCCGCCACUGGCCGAUAAUGGAGCGACAUCGAAUCAUGCAGCGCGGCGCUGGCAUCGCAUCUCAUUGAUGGUGCCCUGGAUCAAGGUGUUGCACGAGCGUCCCAGCCAAGUGGCAACGGUGUUGCCGCCGCACAACCUGACCAUUGCCAUCAGCACCGACCUGAGCACUCUUCACAAUGAUGAUAACAAUAACAAUAACAAUACGAAUAAGGCUAAUGCUAUUAGCAAUAAUAUCAACGACAAUCACAAUAAUAACGACAUCAAUCAAGAUACUAGUUGUAGCAAUAUCAGCUCAGCAUUGGCAGUGGCCGACAGUGAUAACUUCGAGAGUAUCUGUGGACCAUCGUUAAUGCAAGAGGACUUGAUACAGAUCAUGGAACUGGACGAUGACGGCCAUGUGCCCACAAUGCAUGUCAUGCAUCACGCAUUCAAGUAAUUUCAAAUCCUCAGUAAGCUCUGCCCCCAAGAAAAAGAUCAAGCCAAUUCAUCUAAAUUCAACAGUCCCAUCAAAUAAUACCAUCCGCAAGUUCCAAUCAUUUUGUGGAUUGACUGAGCAUUCCAUUGAACGGAUCCGGAUGGAUCUUAUCCCAAUAUCCCAAUGAUCGGCCAAUAAACGAGUUAUUUUUGUUUGGCAUACUUCUGGAUUACUUAAGAUAUCAAUAUAUCUAUAUAAUAUACAAACAUACAUAGAUAUACGUAUAUAUGCCUGACGUUCAUGCCCAACUGCAUUUUCCUUGCAGGCACACACAGUUCCUGUUCCGACAUAAACAACGAGACGCCUUAUUGGCUC